ACGCUUCGCCAGCUUCACCACCGUCUCUGCUUCCUACUCGCGACAUGCUCGCCGCACGACUCGCCAGGACUCUGAAGGCUGCGCGGGGCGCACGGAGGAUAUGCACCACUCCAGCACGCAAGUCGGACGCGCUGUUCGUUCACCGUGACACUCCUUAUAACAACCCCAAGAUACCGUUCCAAUUCACCCCCGGCAACCUCAAGCGCGCCGAAGAAAUCAUCUCGCGAUACCCGCCACAGUACAAGAAGGCCGCCGUCAUCCCGCUGCUUGACCUCGGCCAGCGCCAGAACAAGGGUUGGACGAGCAUUAGCGUCAUGAACUACGUCGCUAAGCUCCUGGAGAUGCCGCCAAUGCGUGUGUACGAGGUAGCAACGUUCUACACCAUGUUCAACCGUGAACCAAUCGGCGAGAACUUCGUGCAGGUGUGUACGACAACGCCAUGCAUGCUCCGUGGCGCGUACAAUAUCCUCGACACCGUCUGCAAAGACCUCGGCGGCAUCAAGCCCGGCGAAACCACCAAGGACGGCAAGUUCACCGUGAUUGAAGUCGAGUGCCAGGGCGCGUGCAGCAAUGCGCCCAUGAUGGUCGUUGGUGAUGACUUCUACGAGGAUUUGACAUCAGAAACAACAAAGAAAGUAUUGGACGCUUUCAAGAAGGGCGAUAAGCCAAAACCUGGCCCUCAAAGCGGUCGACACACCAGCGAAAACUCGGCUGGUCUCACUGCUCUUGCAUCCAAGCCAUACGGUCCUGGCGAGUUCUGCACACCAGAGUUCAGCUAAAUAGACAUUGCACUAUGACCCUGGUAAUUGAUAUGGACUGUUUAUGUGAAGAGUGUGACAUGAGGGUAUACGAUAUGAUAUCUGCUAAGAUGGUGAAAAUAUCCAAAAACCUCGCUUAUGAAUGGUGUGUUCCAGACUCAGUCCUCGAAGCUCAAUCAUCGCCCAGACCAUCAUCAUACCCAUACAUGCCCUCGCCGCCCUCCGGAAGCCUCUCGACAACAUAUUCGAUCUCUUCCUUCAGGUCCUCGCAAUACCGCUCCAGGGGCAAGUCAAAUUUGUCGAGUCCUACGGCGACCAUCAGCAUCUGAUGGAUAGUGACAGACGACCGCUCACCGAAUGGCAUCUCAAUCUCGUCCGCGAUACCUUCAAUGCCCAUGAGUGUGAAUGCAAUGAUAGUCACGAGUGGAAUCAUGCCCCAGCCGAGAUCUUGAAUCAGGGUGAAAGGGAGUGCGAAAAGGUAUAACGUAACGGUCUGUUUUAGAUGUAUGCUGUAGGAUCGGGGUAUAGGUGUGUUCGCGACACGUUCCAUGUUGCUGAGGGCGUCGACCAUGCCUUGUACACUACGCGUAUACGAU